AACAAAAAGAGGACAAAAAUCGAAUCUUUUCUCUAUGGAGAUUAGGGCUUUCGUAGUAGGGCAUUUGGAUGAAGAAGAAGCGCGGGAGGAGUGGCGAUGGCGCUGGGGCCGGCGCCGACAGCAACGCCAUCGAAAUGCCUGCAAAGCGCAAGAAAAACAAGGAAUCUGUGCUGCCGAGCAAGCCUGACGCGGGGAGGAUCAGCAAGAGCAUGCAGCGGAAGCUCAAGAAGCUCCAGGAAGAGAAGGAGAAGAGAGAACUGCGAGAACAGGCAUUCGAGACGUUGGAGAAGUACAAGCUCUCGGAUAAUGUCCAAGCACUUAUGUCCUCGUCGAGUGCGCUAGGCAAGGCGGAGACAAUGCGGGAGAAGCUUCGACGGGGAAUGCAGCUGAGGGCCGCUGGAUUGGACGUUCCUCCCGAGAUUCCUCUGUUUCGAGAGAGGAUUGUUUCCAAGGACGAUUCAGUGGUUGAGCCGGGGCCGUCCGUCACAGCAAAAACGGAGAAAGUCCACAAUAAGACCAAAAGAACCGACUUUUGCCAGUCCGUAAUCCAGGACGGAGGAAAUAGCCAAGCCAUCAAGGAAAGUUGUGCCAACGCUGAAGGGACUGAUAUUUCCUUGUCACUCGCUGCAGUGGCAUCAGCAGCUGCGAGCAACACGCGAAAAUUUGUUGUCAACGUCUGGAGAUCCGAAGAGGUGGACAAGAGUAGACGUGAAUUGCCCAUUAUCAUGAUGGAGCAAGAGGUUAUGGAGGCAGUGCAGGAGAACGACGUUGUGAUUAUUUGUGGAGAGACUGGGUGCGGUAAAACAACUCAAGUACCUCAGUUUUUGUACGAAGCUGGUUAUGGCUCUCCAUUGUACAAGGAUCGCUGUGGCAUCAUCGGGAUCACACAGCCCAGGCGAAUUGCGGUCCUGACAACAGCGAAGCGCGUGGCACACGAGCUCAACCUCCAACUAGGCAAAGAAGUUGGAUUUCAAGUUAGGCAUGACAGGAAAAUUGGAGAGAAAAGCUCUAUCAAGUUUAUGACGGAUGGUAUUCUUCUCAGAGAAAUCCAGUCAGAUUUUUUGUUGACAAAGUACUCCGUGAUUGUGCUGGACGAAGCACACGAAAGAAGUGUCAACACCGACAUUCUCGUUGGAAUGCUAUCUAGAGUUCUACCUCUGCGAAAUAGGCUGUAUUUUCAAAACAAAAGGUCCGAGGCCGUCACCCCUCUGAAACUGAUCAUAAUGAGUGCAACUCUUCGGGUUGAGGACUUCACGGCAAACCAAAAGAUGUUUCCUCUUCCACCGCCGGUGAUUCACGUAACAGCGAGACAGUUCCCCGUCACGGUUCAUUCCAGUAGGAAGACGGAGCUUCAGGAUUACGAAAGUGCAGCAUAUCGGAAAGUCUGUGCCAUCCACAGGAAGCUCCCGCCGGGCGGGAUAUUAGUUUUUGUCACUGGCCGGCGUGAAGUGGAAGCUCUGUGCAAGAGGCUGAGACUGUCGUUUACACCUUCAAGCAAGCUAGAGUCUUCAGAUGGGAAGCCAGUUGCUAAACGAGAGGAUUCAGCGCUUUUGUCAGGGACUGAAUGUGGAGCUUUGGACAUGAGAUCAGUGGCAGACGCUGUUGAUGAAGAGGAUGAUGAUUCUUCGGACUGGGAAGAAGAUGUUGACGGAUUUACAGGCGAAAAUGAUAGCAGCAGCAGUGGCGUGUCAGACGUCGAAGACACAGAUAAAACGCCAGGUAAUGAAACCAGCAACAUGGAUCACGUCAGAAAACCGGGUCCAGCGCUCGUCCUUCCGCUUUAUGCUAUGCUUCCAGCUGCGGCACAGCUACGAGUUUUUGCUGCCGUUCCAGAAGGGAAAAGGCUCAUUGUUGUCGCCACAAAUGUAGCCGAGACAUCUAUCACCAUACCUGGCAUACGUUACGUGGUCGACUGUGGUCGUGCAAAAGAGAGGAAGUUCGAUGGCUCCAGCGGAGUGUCCAGGUUUGAAGUCGGCUGGAUCAGCAAGGCGUCAGCGGACCAACGUGCUGGAAGAGCUGGUCGAACUGGUCCGGGACAUUGUUAUCAGCUCUAUUCUAAGACGCACUACCACCACAACUUUCCGGACUUCGCUCCUCCAGAGAUCAGUUUGGUUCCAAUCGAGGGGGUAGUACUUGUGUUGAAGUGCAUGGGCAUCGACAAGGUAAUGAACUUUCCUUUCCCCACGCCACCUGAGAAGGAAGCAUUGUUAGAGGCAGAAAAAUGUCUGACAGCAUUAUCAGCUCUGGAUCGAACGACGGGUUUGCCGACAUCAAUCGGGAAAGCAAUGGCUCUAUAUCCCAUCAAUCCUCGGCAUGCACGGAUGGUGAUAGCGGCGCUACAGUCUGCCCGCGUUAUGGGUGGCAAGUCCAGAAAGUCGGUGAUAGCCGCUUGUGCAGUGGCAAUCGCAGCUGCGCUAAGCGUGGAGAAUCCGUUUUUCAGUCUCGAAGAGUCAUUCAAAGACGAGAAAGAUGUUGCUGCUACAACGCCGAGCGGAGAAGCCAUGAAAGCAACAAAGAAACCCGAGCGUCACCGAUUUAAAAACACCUCGAGCGACGCAUUGACGAUCAUGAACGCGCUCCGGGCCUACGAAGAAUCAAGCAACCAGGCCGAGUUUUGCACGGCCAGCCAUCUCAAUCAGAAGAUCAUGAAGGAGAUGUCCAAGCUGAGGGGCCAGCUUUCGAGACUAGUUCGUCAACAGCUACUCGAGGAUCUUUUGAUUGGCUCCGGCCUGGAAGAAGGCUGGAAGCAGCUAAGCCGGAAGAAACUCAGCGCCAACGAAGAGAAGGCGCUCAUCUGUGCACUCUGCGCGGGGUGGCCGGACAGAGUUGCGAGAAGAGUAACUCGUCGCGACAGGCUCGACACGGCCAAGUCACGCAAGAGAGGAAUUCGUUACCAGGCCUCGUCGCUCCACGGACAAGAGGAUGGAGGAGACGAAGAGGGAGAGGGACGCAGCAUCGUCUACCUCGGCCCGUCCUCCUCAACGUUUAGCUUCGCGUCGGACUUCGUCGUCUACAAGGAGAUCGUGGAGACUUCCAGGCCUUACAUGGCGUGCGUCUCGUCCAUCGACGCACACGCUCUGGUGACCGAGGCAAGCUUCUUCUGCUCCUUCUCCAAGCCGCUCGACGAUCCUCCGCCGUGGUAUGACCGAGAAGCCGACCAAGUCAAGUGCUGGGUGUCCGUGACUUUCGGCCCCCACAACUGGCAGCUACCAUUGCACGCCAUGGAACUCCCGGCGGGGAGGAAGACGGUGGCGGUGUUUGCGUCGGCGUUGCUGGAGGGCCGAGUGCUGGCGAGCUUGGCUCCUCUGCGACCAUAUCUCGCUGCCGAUCCGGCGAUGCUGCUCAAGCCGGAGGCGAUGGCGCACAAGAGGGUGGCGGAGCUGGUUUACAAGCUGGAGGAAGGAUGGAAAACGGUGGUGGAUAGCAGGAGAAAGCUUGCCGAGGCCUGGGACGAUGGGGAGUUUUUGGUGGAAGAGAUCGCGGCGUGGAUCCAACGCAAGCACCAAGGGCUGCUCAGGACGCUCCGAGAGGCUGUCAAGUCCGAGCUAGAUCUUCGAGGGACAGUUUAAGCUUAACUUAUAAACAAACUAAAACGUUUAGCAUAAAGUUAACAUUAAAUCA